AACUGAGACGCUGGAGGCCCCGGUGGCGGCUGCCGCGACGGCUGCGACGGGGCCAGGGGCGGGCGCCGCGGUCUGGGCCGGGCUGUGAGGCGCGGGCGGCCGGGCCGGUGGGCUGGGCGGUGGGCCCGGCGGCCGCCCCCGCCCCGCGCCCGCGCCUAGCGGCCCAAUGUGGCUGCAGCAGCGGCUUAAGGGCCUGCCGGGACUGCUGUCGAGCAGCUGGGCCCGUCGCCUCCUCUGCCUUCUCGGCCUCCUGCUGCUGCUUCUGUGGUUCGCGGGCUCCGGGGCGCGGCGGGCGGCGGGCGGCCUGCACUUGCUGUCUUGGGCCCGCGGCGAGCCGGGCGCUGCCGAGCCCUCUGCCUGCUUGGAGGCGGCCACCCGUACCUGGCGUGGCCUGCGGGAGCGCGGUGAGGCUGUGCCGCUGGGCCCCGGUGUGCCGGCCUUGGUGGCUAACGGCUUUCUGGCCCUGGACGUGGUCGCCAACCGCCUGUGGGUGACCCCCGGGGAGCGAGAGCCCGCCGUGGCGCCAGACUUUGUGCCCUUCGUGCAGCUGCGCCCGCUGAGCUCGCAGGCCGAAGCUGGGGAGGCAGUGCUGCUGCUGCGGGAGGGACUUCUGCGCCGGGUGCGUUGCCUGCAGCUCGGGACCCCAGGUCCGGGCCCUGCGGCCGCCGUCCCAGGACCCGCCUCGGCCUCCGGCCUCGCCGCAGGGGCCAGCCGUGACUGCGUGCUGCUGCAGGAGGACUUUCUAGCGCACCGGGGCCGACCCCACGUGUACCUGCAGCGCAUCCAGCUCAACAACCCCACGGAGCGCGUGGCCGCGCUGCAGACUGAGGGGCCCACUGCUGGGCCUGUCCCCAAGGCCUUCACCAGUACCCUGGAGAAGGUCGGAGACCAUCAGUUUCUUCUCUACUCCGGCCGCUCCCCACCUUUAACCACCGGGCAGGUGCACCUGGUGGUGGUGGCUGCCAAGAAGCUAGUAAACCGGCUCCAGGUGGCUCCCAAAACGCAGCUGGACGAGACGGUGCUGUGGGUGGUGCAUGUCUCGGGUCCCCUUAACCCACAGGUGCUCAAGAGCAAAGCAGCCAAGGAGCUCAAGACGCUCCAGGACUUGGCCCGGAAGGAAAUGCUGGAGCUCUUGGAGAUGCCAGCGGCUGAGCUGCUUCAGGACCACCAGCACCUCUGGGCUCAGCUCUUCAGCCCAGGCGUGGAGAUGAAGAAGAUCACUGACGCCCACACGCCGUCCAGCCUAACCGUGAACCUGACACUCUACUACAUGCUCUCCUGCUCGCCAGCCCCCCUGCUCAGUCCCUCCCUGAGCCACAGGGAGCGAGACCAGAUGGAGUCAACUCUCAACUAUGAAGACCACUGCUUCAGCGGCCACGCCACGAUGCACGCCGAGAACCUCUGGCCCGGGAAGCUGUCCACUGUCCAGCAGAUCCUGCAGCUCUCCGACCUGUGGAAGCUGACUCUCCAGAAGCGUGGCUGUAAGGGGCUGGUGAAGGCAGGUGCUCCGGGCAUCAUGCAGGGCAUGGUACUCAGCUUCGGGGGGCUGCAGUUCACCGAGAACCACCUCCAGUUCCAGGCCGACCCCGACGUACUGCACAACAGCUACGCGCUGCACGGCAUCCGCUACAAGAAUGACCACAUCAACCUGGCCGUGCUGGCAGAUGCUGAGGGCAAGCCAUACCUGCACGUGUCCGUAGAGUCCCGCGGCCAGCCCGUCAAGCUGUAUGCCUGUGAGGCAGGCUGCCUGGAUGACCCCGUGGAGCUGACCUCAGCGCCCCAGGGCCACACCUUCUCCAUUAUGGUGACGCAGCCCAUCACGCCGCUGCUCUACCUCUCUACCGAUCUGACGCACCUGCAGGACCUGCGGCACACGCUGCACCUCAAGGCCAUCCUGGCCCACGACGAGCACAUGGCCCAGCAGGACCCUGGGCUGCCUUUCCUCUUCUGGUUCAGUGUGGCCUCCCUCAUCACUCUCUUCCACCUCUUCCUCUUCAAGCUCAUCUACAACGAAUACUGCGGGCCAGGAGCCAAGCCCCUCUUCAGGAGUAAGGAAGAUGCCAGUGUCUGAGUGAACUAACAGUCCUGCUUUCAGCUGCCGUUUGCACAAGACACCCAGCACCGAACGUCCUGCUGCUACGAGCGAGGGGUCUUUGAAAGCAACCAUCCUUUUGUGCCUUGUUGGGGGAAACCGGUGACGUAGAAGCAUUUGUGGAUUUUAAGAGUUUGCAUUGAAAGGAAUGUGUGUUGUGCAGAAUGGGGAGGGAAGGGAGCUAGUGGACUUUUUUGUAAGCUUUCGAUUCAAUAAAUGAACUUGUAUGGAAAUACUUGAAAUUGAAUUCACUCCUUCCACUCUCCCCCUUUCCUCUGUCCCAGGAAAUUGACCCUCUUUUGAAAAGACUUGUCUAGGAAAAAUUGUGUUCUUUUCCUAAUUAAAUGUGUUCUUUCUUGAAUGAAUUUUUAAUUUAUUUUUGUUGAGAUUUUGUCAGAUGGCUUUUACCUCCACUUCAGAUGGUGAACCUGGGCAGUGAUUUCCGAGCGAUGCCGUCUCUGUGGCAGUUGGGGCCUGUGUGGUUCUGCAGCUGGGCCUGGGCCGCUGGGGAGCUGCACUGUGCCUGGAGGACGGGCCAAGGGGUCACACUCGGGUUUGCACGUUGUCUCUUUCUUAUCAUGAGCCUGCGGAGAUCUGUGGUUUUGUACUUUCGGGCUUUGGGGAGGUGUUUAACUUUCUAGUGAUUGAUGAUUGUUGGGUUUUGAAAUACCAAAGCUUCUUUUUGUUCUGUUUUUAAAUAAAUGCCUUUCAAAAGUC